AUGGUUGCGCAACUCGCCGACGUCGCCGACAAGACUUUCGACUAUGUUAUUGUCGGAGGGGGAACCGCUGGUUUGACCAUCGCGUCCCGCCUCCUGGAGAACACAGAGAGCUCCGUUCUCGUCCUUGAGGCGGGCCAGCCCAAUCUCGACGAUCCCAAGAUCUUGCUGGGGGCUCAAUGGGGCGGUACCUUUGGCGAUCCCAAGUAUGAUUGGAUUUUCGAGACUACACCCCAGAAGCAUUGCAACGAUCGUACGAUCGUCUGGUCGCGUGGAAAAGGCCUCGGCGGCAGCUCGGCCAUGAAUUUCCUACAUCGAUGCUGGGAAGAGCUCGGAAACCCCGGUUGGAACUGGGACAACUACCUCAAGUAUACCUUGCGUACAGAACAGUUUACGGCGGCCUCUGAGGACCAGCUGAAGCUGUAUGCGCACACGCACAAAGCAGAGUUUCGGGGACAGAACGGACCCAUCAAGACUACGGUCCCUAUGAUCCCUUCACAGCUUAACAAGAUGUUCCUUGAGGCGGCGCAAGCGCAGGGUCUGCCUCUGCUUGAGGAUGCGUAUGGCGGCUACACCACCGGAUGCUGGGAAGGUGCCGCGAAUAUGGACCGUGCGGAGAAGUGGACGCGCUCGUACGCCGCUACGGCUCACUACAUCCCUCACAAGGACCAUCCGAGAUUGACGGUGCUCACCGAGGCUGUUGGCGCGAAAAUACUGUUCAGCGACGAAAAGGAUGGCGAAGAUAUUGUUGCUAUGGGAGUUGAGUUUGUGCAUGGUGGAGAGAAGCAUAAGGCGCAUGCAAAGAAAGAAGUCAUCAUCUCCACGGGUACUCUGAAGUCUCCACAGUUGCUGGAGUUGUCAGGCAUUGGCCGCCGCGAGGUGCUCGAAAAGAUAGGCGUGCCGCUCAAAAUCGAGCUGCCUGGUGUAGGAGAGAACAUGCAGGAUCAUUCAUACAUUGGAAUGUCCUACGAACUGGGUCCGAAUGUUGCCCACAAGACUACGGACCUGUUCCGCGAUCCGGAGUUUGCCAAGGAGCAAGUGAGACUACACAACCUCAACGAGGAGAACUUGCACCGGUUGGGCGUGAAUGCCUGUAUCUAUACGCCAAUUCAGACUACCAGUCCAAACGACGCUUCAAGCAUCAUCGAGCGCACUGAAGCUUUCAUCGAGGAGAAGAAGAGAAGUGGCACACUUCCACCUGGGCUUGCCGAACAGUGGGACAUCCAACUGCGCAUUCUCAAGGAUGGGAGCCUUCCGGACAUUGAAGCCAUCAUUUUCCCGGGCUGGUUGACCUUCAUAUCUACCCCAGAGGCUGGCAAGAGCUAUGCGACUAAUCUCUGCGUCACGCAACAUCCGUUCUCGAGGGGAUCAGUCCACGCGAAGAGCAACGACCCGCUAGAGCAACCCGACCUUGACCCGAAUACAUUCUCCGUCCCUAUCGACUUGGAUAUAUUCACAGAGCUGCUCAAGUUCGCGCGGCGUCUUGGGGAGACCGAGCCGUUCAAGUCGGGAACCGUACGCGAGGUUGAUCCAGGCGCUGCGGCGCAGACGGACGAGGAACUUAAGGAGUAUAUCCGAAACUACAGUAACACAUGCUUCCAUGCGUGCGGUACUUGCAGCAUGCUCCCGCGCGAGAAGAAUGGAGUCGUCGACCCGAAGCUGAAGGUAUACGGCACCAAAAAUCUUCGCGUAGCCGACCUGUCCAUUGCGCCACUCGAGAUCGCAGCGCAUACACAGGCCGUCGUGUAUGGUAUCGGCGAAUACAUGGCCGAUAUCCUGAGCGGUGUUGCUUAGGUCGUUCGUAUCAUCAUCUCACGUUCUGUCGUAGACGGGGCAGUCGCAUUGCAUUCUAACUUACUCGCGUUCGUGGGUCUCACAACCUCAUGCAAUGCAUGGUCGUUAUGCAUCCGCGGACCGCACUCCUUCCAAUUGGUACUAGGUGUUCGGCACGGUGAGGAUAUAUGAUACUGCU